AUGAGUUUGUCAUCCGACCUCGAUUACCCUAGACGGGUUGUCGUAGACGAUAUUGACCCGAGAAUAACUUAUGAAGAAGGAACAUGGACUCUCGAUGUUGGAUCUUUCGACAGUCUAGGCGUAUUCGGUGCCCCAUAUAACCACACAAUGCAUGGGACGAAGUCAAACGGUGCCAGCUUUAGCUUCCAGUUUUCCGGCGAAUUCGUUCAGGUUCGCGGCGCCAAAGAAAAUCGUCGAAUCAAUCAACCUCAAGAUGUCACUUCGGACAACACCACUGCUCUUGCAAAAUGGACAUGCCAGGUUGAUGGCAGGCCGAUUCAAGUCACCCCAUAUCGUGAAUCCAUGUAUGAUAUUACACAUAACAUGCUCUGUGAACAAGGUCGUCUAUCACGAACAGCACAUACCCUUACAUUGAAUGUUACCAUCGACGACCCUGACUAUCAAAUAUGGUGGUUGGACAGGAUAGAAUACGCGCCUCUUCCGGACGCAAAAUUAGAGAAGGAGGUGUUGAAGGUUGAUGGAAGCGACCCGAGUAUACAUUACGAUAACGGAACAGGAAACUGGUUUGACUUACGGGGUUUAUACAAUGGAACAGGAACAACGGGUGCUAGUAUGACAUUCUAUUUUAAUGGCACUGGCGUGUCACUUUAUGGUUUCAAUGAGGGAUUAGAACGGGUCUGGCAGAGUGGUGGUGGGCGCUACUUCGUGGACAAUUCUGGGGAUACAACGUUUGUCAUUCCAGGCAGUCAACCUCUGCCCUCUACCUCGGACAACCGAACUGACUGGUAUAACCAGUUAUUGUUCACUGCUCCCGAUUUGUCCGCGGGAUCGCAUAAGAUGGUCAUCGCAUACACAGGCGUCGCACAAGGUUCUGGGCCUGUACAGUGGCUGUCAAUUGACUACUUUUAUGUCAUGGGAAGUGUAGGAGGGGCUUACUUGAAUUCUUCGUCCGCCGUGCCAGGAGGAUCUGCGUCUAGGCAACACAGCUCUGAUAAGGCAGCUCCCGUCGGUGCGUUCGUGGGAGGAGUCAUCGGAGAAGUCGUAGGUCUGGCUCUAAUCGCUCUAGCUAUUUUCUUUUUCGUCAGAGGAAUUGUCAGAAGGAAGAAAAGGGAAAAGUACGAGAGAACUUACUAUGAUUCUGUUCCCCUCAACCUUGAUGACAUCUAUGCCAUACCCAACGUCAUUGCAAGCGGCGCCCUAACAUCCUCGCACCCUCCGUCUUCACCUUCUGGGACAACGCCCAUGUCAGCAACGUCUGCCUACGACCCCUACCACGAUUCCGCGAAUCGAACGAGUUUUCAAUAUGGGGGUUCUACGGUUGUCAACUCCCCCAGUUUGAAUCCACCUCUGUCACCUCUAGUCUCUAACAGGCUUUCUGUUGUUAUCCCGUUCGAUGAAGGUUCUGCAACGGGAACGUCUGGUUGUAUUCAGUCUCCUUCGGCAUCGAUCAGUCAGAAUUGGACUGAUAUAACGAGGACGAGAGCACACAGAGAGGUCGUUUCUCCUACGGUUGUUGAAAGACGACAUGAUGAUGGCAGCAUACAUUACCCACCGAUAUUUAUUGAUAUCCCGCCCACUUAUACUGAAUUUUAG